AAACCCUGUGGAGCAUAGUUCUACUCUGAAACAUAUGAGGUUGCUGUGAGUCUGAAUCUACUUGACAGCAAUUGGUGAUUGGUUAAGUACAUUUUGUGUCUCUGUUUAGUCUCUCACUGUAGGAAGAUUAAUCAUCAGAAAGCUCAACUAUCAUAUCACUCUGCUCAUAUGUGCAGGGGGUUCCCUUCUCUACCCAAUAAUUGCAAACUUCUGUAGGUACCCAAAGCCCUCCACCACCAGGCCCCAUCCUGUGUCUCCAACUUCAUUAUUCUUUUUUUUUAUAUUCUCUUCUCCACCCAAAUCGAAAUACCAAAUGUGGGGGUUCCCAAAUACCCCUACCCCCACAUUUCUCAUCCACUUGCUCUUUCUUAUAUUAGUCCCUGUACCUGCAAAGCGCACCAUUCCCAUUCCCAGUUACAUUGUUAAACCUUGAAGGUCAGACUUGAUUGCCACCUUCUCAGUGAAGCCUUACUUCCUUUCCCCUCCUUUGUUUGCUCCAAAUCCUCUAACUGUAGCAUUUAUUUGUGUCUUAUUUUCUAGUCCUCUGUGUACAAAUGAGAGAUGUGACUUUCUUCUUUGUGUUCCCCAUAUCUCAAAACACCUUGUCUUAGACAAAAGAAAACCAAAGGAAAAAAACGAAACCCGUUGCCAUCAAGUCAAUUCCACCUUACAGAGACCUUAUAGGACAGAGUAGAACUGCCUCAUAGGCUUUCCAGGGAGCAGCUAAUGAAUUGAACUGCCAGCCUUUUGGUUAACAAUUGGGCUCUUAACCACUGCAUCAUCAGGGCUCCUAGACAAAAGAACGAGGUAUUAAAUGAUUGUCAGUUAUCCUGAGGCAGGCAGACCAUAUACCGUGAAACUUUGUUGCCACAUUGAUACUGGUAUCUAAGAAAUAUUAACACCAUUAAAGAUACUCAAAUUCCUGAGAUUGUCAACGUUGAUAUUGUAUAACAUAAGAGAUUUUUAAUAUUUUGUUGCUUUGUUUGUUUGUUUUCUUUCUAGCCUGCCUAUGAGAAUCUGAGACACAGUGUUGACAACUUUGUGUGAACCAUUUAGCCACUCAUAUAUGGAGUCCUCAUCUCAAUAAGAACCAGCUAAGAAACAAUAUCAGACAGCAAGUCCUCGAGUAUUGAUAUUGUAUAACAUUAGAGAUUUUUAAUAUUUUGUUGCUUUGUUUGUUUGUUUUCUUUCUAGCCUGCCUAUCAGAAUCUGAGACAACGUGUUGACAACUUUGUGGUGAACCACUUAGCAACUCAUACAUGGAGUCCUCAUCUCAAUAAGAACCAGCUAAGAAACAAUAUCAGACAGCAAGUCCUCAAGUCAGGAAUGUUGGAGUCUGGUAUUGACCGAAUCAUUUCUCAGGUUGUGGAUCCAAAGAUCAACCACACAUUCAGACCUCAGGUGGAGAAAGCUGUGCAUGAGUUUUUGGCCACGUUAAAUCACAAAGAGGAAGCAAGUGCCAGUACAGCUCCCGAUGAUGAGAAGCCAGAUUCUUCCAUCAUUAUACAAGGUAUCCCUGCUCCUGGGCCCAGUGCUAAUGUAGCUAAUGAUGCCAUGUCAAUCUUGGAAACCAUAACUUCUCUUAACCAAGAAGCUAGUGCUGCCAGGGCCUCAACAGAAACGUCCAACUCCAAGGCCAAUGAGAGAGUAUACAAAAAACUGCCAUUUCAACCAAGCACCGAUAUUAAUACUGAAAAAGACAGAACUUCAGAGGAUGUGGCUGAUAAAGAGAAAUCUCCCCCUGACUCUGCAGGGGAAGGACUGGAAGCAGCCCCUAAGUCCGAAGAAUCCAAUGACUUCCCUGGUCCAGUUGAAGAAAUUAAAAAUCAUGCAAAAGAGAAUAAUAGUUUAAUUCUGGUCAGUAAGGAAGUUCAACAGGAAGGCAGUGACCAAAAAAAUAAAUCAACAGACAAAGGUGAAAAGAAACUCGAUAGCAAUGAGAAAGGAGAAAGAAAGAAAGAAAAGAAGGAAAAGACUGAAAAGAAAUUUGAUCACUCAAAAAGGAGUGAAGAGAUGCAAAAAAUAAAAGAUGAAAAACAAGUAAAGGAAAAAGAAGUAGAGAGUUCAAAACUUCCUACAGAAAAGAACAGUAAUAAAGCUAAAACUGUUGAAGGAACAAAAGAAGAUUGCUCUCUGGUAGAUUCUGAUGUGGAUGGACUUACUGACAUCACAGUUAGCUCUGUCCAUACCAGUGAUCUUUCAUCUUUUGAAGAAGACACUGAGGAGGAAGUUGUAAUGUCUGACAGCACUGAAGAAGGCGAGAUUACAUCAGAUGAUGAAGAGAAGAGCAAACUGAAUAAAACACAAACUCAAACUAGUGAUCCUAGCGAAGGAAAAGCAAAAGGCGUACGACAUGCUUAUGUCCACAAACCAUAUCUUUACUCCAAGUACUACAGUGAUUCUGAUGAUGAACUUACUGUAGAACAACGACGACAGUCUGUUGCUAAAGAAAAAGAAGAGAGACUAUUAAGAAGGCAAAUUAAUAGAGAGAAACUUGAAGAAAAGCGAAAACAGAAAGCAGAAAAGACAAAAUCUUCAAAAGCCAAGAGUCAAGGCAAAGGUAGUGUCGACCUAGAAGAGUCAUCUGCCAAGAGUUUGGAACCCAAAGCCCCCAGAAUUAAAGAAGUCCUUAAAGAACGGAAAGUUUUAGAGAAAAAAGUAGCCUUAAGUAAAAAAAGAAAAAAAAAUUCAAGGAAUAUUGAAGAAAAUUCUAAAAAGAAACAGCAACCUGAGGAAGAUUCCAAAGAAACCCUCAAACCAAGUGAGCAUUUUGAAAAGGAAAAGGUGUCUUCCUCAAAAGAGCUGAAGCAUGUUCAUGCAAAAAGCGAAUCAAGUAAACCUGCCAGGAGACUUUCAGAGUCUAUGCAUUCAGCUGAUGAGAACAAAAGUGAAUCCAAAGUAGAAAGAGAACAUAAAAGACGGACAUCUACCCCUGUUGUGGUAGAAGGAGCGCAGGAAGAGACUGACGUGAGAGAUGGAAAAAGGCAAGUGGAACGUUCAGAAAUUGGCACAGAAGAACCACAGAAACAGAAAAGCACACUUAAAAACGAAAGGCAUCUAAAGAAGGAUGAUUCUGAGACACCACAUUCGAAGAGCCUACCUAAGAAAGAGGUGAAAUCCUCCAAGGAGAAGCCUGAGAAGGAGAAAACUCUGUCAGAAGACAAAUUGUCUGUGAAGCAUAAAUAUAAAGGUGACAGUGUACAUAAAACAGGUGAUGAGGCUGAGCUUCAUUCUUCUGAGAAAGGUUUAAAAGCAGAUGAAAAUAUUCAAAAGCAAAGUCAGCAAACAAAGCUUUUUUCAGAUGAUAAAGCUGACCGAAAAAGUAAACAUAGGAAUGAAAGGAAAUUAUCAGUUUUGGGCAAAGAUGGUAAGCCAGUUUCUGAAUAUAUUAUAAAAUCAGAUGAGAAUGUUCGUAAAGAAAACAAUAAAAAAGAGAGACACGUGUCAGCCGAGAAAACUAAAGCAGAGCACAAAUCAAGAAGAUCAAGUGAUUCUAAAGUUCAGAAAGAGACUCUGAGUUCCAAGCAACAUGGUAUCACAUUACAAAAAAGAAGUGAAAGUUAUUCAGAAGAUAAGUGUGAUAUGGACUCAACCAAUUUAGAUAUUAAUUUAAAACCAGAAGAGGCUGUUCACAAAGAAAAGCGAAGAACAAAGAGCUUGUUAGAAGAGAGACUUGUGUUAAAAUCUAAAUCAAAAAGUCAAGGCAAACAGUUAAAAGGGAUUGAAAUAGAAUUACAAGAAAGUGUCACAAAACAGGCGACCACCCCUAAACCUGACAAGGAGAAGAACACUGAAGAAAGUGACUCAGAUAAACAGCGAAAGUCUAAAAGUGAGGACAAACCUUGUGAAGAAGCUGGAGUCGAGUCUGUGUUGGAGAGUGCUUCUUCUUCAGCACACACUGCACAGAAAGAUUCCAGUCACAGAGCUAAGUUAUCACUAGCAAAGGAGAAAUAUAAGGGUGAUAAAGAUUCAAGCUCCUCCAGACUUGAGAGAAGAUUAUCAGAUGGGCACAAAAGCAGAAGCUUAAAGCAUAGUGGUAAGGAUGUGAAGAAGAGGGAAGAAAAUAAAUCAGAUGACAAGGAUGGUAAAGAAGUUGACAGUAACCAUGAAAAGGCCAAAGGGAAUAGUUUAGUGGAAAAGAAAUUAAGUAGGAGGUUGUAUGAAAAUCGAAGAGGAAGCUUAUCACAAGAAGUGACCAAAGGAGAAGAAAAAUUAGCAGCAAACACUUUGGGCACUUCCAGUAUUUCCUCCCUUCAGAGACCAAAAAAAAGUGGCGAUGCCACAUUGAUACCCAAACAAGAGCCAAUGGAAGUUGAUUCUGAGUCAUCCGUUGAAAAUGUUUCUAUAGUAUCUAAAACCCAAGACAGCAGCAAUAAUGGUUCUCAGCAAGAUACUGACUCUGAGAAUGUUAUGAAACAAAAAACUACAUCUACACUUCUAAAAGAAGAAUUAAGAACUUCCACAGUAGAUUUAAGAACAGCAGCCUUAGCCUGUAAGUCAGGACGCGGAAUGGUUCUUGGUAAUUCUGAAAAGCACGCUGGCCACAAAAGCACUCUGACCAAGAAAGUUCACAUCCAAAGUGCUGUUUCCAAACCGAAUCCUGAGGAGAAAGAAGCCAUUCAGCAAGGAACUCAUGAAAUGAAUGUAGACUGUGAAACUAGUCAUAGAAUGUUACCUAGUGCCCCAUCAGAAAAUGAUAGUAUACAAAAGAAUUUGAAAAACAUGUCCAAACCCACUGAAGAACAUGUUGCUCAAGGAGAUGCUGCUCUUGAACAUUCCACAAAUUCAGACCCCUCACCGCCCUUAAGCUCAGUGACUGUUGUGCCUCAGAAGGGGCCUCAUGAUUCAGAUGUAAUUCCUUUAGCUAACAAAAGAACUGUUUUAGAAAGUGGUGCAGCUAGCACCUCACUUCUGGACCACUCUGCUAUCCCUAAUCAAAGUUUGACUCUUGGGGACUCAGAAGUCCCUCAGACAAGUGACAGCAAAGAAGAUGGUGAAGGUUCCACGGUAGAUACACCAACAAAAGCAAGCAUAGAUAGCAUAAGACACAUUCCGGAAGAUUCUCAGACUGCUUUAUUGCACAGUAAACAAGGAAAAGUAAAUAAGCCUCAUGGUAGCAAGUCAACGGACAUGGCUGUGGGAAACGCAGAUGUUAACAAAGAAGUUGUCUUAACAGACAUGGCCAAGAAAGAAAGUGAUUUAAUCACAAAGCCCAGUUUAAAGGAGAACAUUAGAUCUACAGUAGAUAAUGGCAAAAAGGAUGGCGUUGCUGUUGAUCAUGUGGUAGGCAUAACUACAGAAAAAGAUGCUGAAAGUAUUGAACUUACCGAAAAAAUAAGCAUAAAUAGAGGCCCAGGUGAAAUGGAAAACCUAUCUAUUGAUGGUGAAAGGAGGAAUGAAAACAGUGAAGUAGACACCAGUGCUGGAGGUGAUAACGCAUCCUCUGUUUUACACCAAAGGAAUGAAACAGCUGAGAAUGUGACAGCUGGGUCUGGUAGACCAGAAAAGACUUUUAUUGCCACUAGUACUGAAGGGAAGGACAAAGCUGUUACCUUAAGCUCAGUAAAGACGGGGGCUGCCACGACUACCUCUUCAGAAACAGGAGACAGUGAGGUGGCUUUGCCUUGCACAAGCAUUGAGGCAGACGAAGGCUUCGUAACAGGUGCCUGCUCCAGAAACAACCGUCUUCAUGUUGGGGCAGAACCCAGUGAGUGUACUGUAUUUGCUGCAGCUGAAGAAGGUGGGGGUGUUGUCACAGAGGGAUUUGCUGAGAGUGAAACUUUCCUUACGAGCACCAAGGAAGGAGAAAGUGGAGAGUGUACCAUGGCUGAAUCUGAAGAAAGAACAGCAGCUCCAGUGACUGUCCACAUAGGUAAAAUUGAGGAUAAUGUGAACAGUGUUGGAACAGAAGAAAAAGAUGAUGCUGUAACCAGUGCUGGCUCUGAAGAAAAAUGUGACGGUUCUUCAAAUAGAGACUCUGAAAUAGUUGAAGGAACUGUUACAUUUAUUAGUGAAGUUGAAAGUGAUGGAGCAGUAACAAGUGCUGGAACAGAAAUAAGAGAAGGAUCCUUAAGCAGUGAAGAGGUAGAGGAAUUCCAGAAAAUUAUGACAAGACUGGGCCCCAAAAAGGAAACUGAGGGCACUGUGACAUGCACAGUAGCAGAAGGAAGAAGUGAUAACUUUGUUAUCUGCUCAGUAACUGGUGCAGGGCCACAGGAGGAGCGCAUGGUCACAGGUGCAAAUGUGGUACUGGUAGAUAAUGAUGGCCCACCUGCAACAAGUGCCAACCAAGAAGGAGAUGGUUCAGUGAAUGACGGUACAGAAGGUGAAAGUGCAGUCACCAGCACAGGAAUAACAGAAGAAGAUGGAGAGGGGCCAGCAAGUUGCAUAGGUUCAGAAGAGAGCAGCGAAGGCUUUGCUCUGAGUUCUGAAUCAGAAGAAAAUGGAGAGAAUGCAAUGGACAGCACAGUAGCCAAAGAAGUCACUAAUGUGCCAUUAGUCGCUGCUGCUGGUCCUUGUGAUGACGAAGGCAUUGUAACCAGCACAGGUGCAAAAGAGGAGGAUGAUGAAGGUGAGGGUAUUGUAACUAGUACCGGAAGAGGAAAUGAAAUUGGACAUGCUUCAACAUGCACAGAAAUAGAAGAAAGUGAAGGGGCAUUGAUUUGCGAAAGUGCAGAAGGGAACAGUCAGAUUGGUACUGCAGUAGAACAUGUGGAAGCUGAGGCAGGAGCGGCCAUCGUAAACGCAAAUGAAAGCAAUGUUGAUAGCAUGAGUGGUGCAGGGAAGGAAAUUAAAGAUACAGAGAUCUGCUCAAGUGCUAAAGGGUUUGUAGAAAGCAGUGUGACCAGUGCAGUUUCAGGAAAGGGUGAAGUGGCACCAGUUCCUGAAGCUUGUGAGGGUCCCAUGACUAGUGCAGCUUCAGAUCAAAGUGACAGUCAGUUCACCAGGAAGGAAAAAGUUGAAGAUGCCACCAUUUCCACUGGCAUGGUUGGGGGCAGUUAUGAAGUUCUUAUAUCUGGUGCCGUUCCAGAAUGUGAAGUUGAUCACACAUCAAGUGAAAAAGAAGAUGAGGGCUUCAUAACCUCUGUAGAAAAUGAAGAGUGUGAUGGUCUCAUGGCUACUACAGCCAGUGAUGGUAUUACCAACCAGAAUAGUUUAGCUGGGGGUAAAAGUCAAGGAAAAGGCUUGAUGAUUUCCACCAGUACAACAAAUGAUUACACCACUCAGCUAAGCAUGAUUGUAAAUGUGGAAGAAGGCCAUUCAAGUGCUCUGAGAACUGGAGAAAAUGUGGAAGAUGCUAGAAUAAAUGUGGAAGAAUUUGAGGCCCCCAUGCCCAGUGCAGUUUCGGAUGAAGGCCAGCCCACUGCUACUAGAAAUGAAGAGAAAGAUGAGUGCGCCAUGAUUUCCACAAGCAUAGGGGAAGAGUUCGAAGUGCCUAUUUCUAGUGUGACAACCAUCAAAUCUGCUGAAAGUCAACAACUAGAUGCAACAGUUGAAGAAAGAGACAAAGGUCCUUCAGAAAGCUCUGAGGACUUUGAGGCACCUAUGCCCAGUGCACCCACAGAAGUUGAAAGUCCUCUUGCCUCAACCAGCAAGGAAGAAAAAGAUGAAUGUGCCCUCAUUUCCACAAGCAUAGCAGAAGAAUGUGAGGCCUCUAUUUCUGGUGUAGCUGUUGAAAGUGAAAACGAGCGAUCUGUUACAGUCAUGGAAGAAAAAGAUGGGAGUGCUAUCAUCUCAACCAGCUCAGUAGAGGACUGUGAAGGCCCCGUGUCCAGUGCAGCCCCCCAGGAGGAAGUCCACCCAUCUGUCACACCAGCAGAAGAGAUCAGUGACACUGCCAUGAUUUCCACAAGCACCUCCGAGGGAUGUGAAGCGAUCAUGAUUAGUGCUGUCCUGCAGGAUGAGGAUCAGCCCACGAUUGCACGAGUGGAGGACUUGAGUGACACUGCCAUCAUCUCUACUAGCACAGCAGAAUGUGCACUGAUCGUCGCCAGCCUGGACAGACAUGAAGAGAAUCGGCUCACUGCAAACAACCCAGAAGGAAACGAUUACCUACCAGCAUUGUCAGCUGCAAAGGUAAGCAAGCGUGCUGUCCCUACGCCCAGCCUAAUUGCAGAGCAUAGCCAUCAGUGUCCCGAGCCUUUCACAGGAGGAAAAGAAGUGGACCCUAUGAUGGCAGGAAGCACCAAGGAGGGGCAUGAGAGCACAUCCAUCAGCAUGCUGUCUGCAGCAGGAGGCCAGCCAAGUGCUGCAGUUGUAGGAGAAAAAGACAGACAUGGCGAGGACUGUUCUGGCAAGGUCCCAUUUGCAGAAAGAGGACAACGUGAGAAUGCUUUGAGCCUCGUAAACACAGGAGACAGGAAUGUACCAUUGAGCUCUGUUCAGAGAGAAGAUAAAAGCCAGGAGGCCGGCAUGGCAGGGAGUAGCAGCACAGCAAGUUAUUCAACCAGAAGGGACUUAAAGAUAAGUGCUUGCUCCCUCCUCAAUCUGCAGGGACCGGAAGAAGCAUCUGGGCAGAUGGCUGAGGACUCCUCUGUCAGUAUUCAUUGCUUGACAGUAGUAAAUACCAGUACUAAAAAAGCUAACCUGCCAGAUACCCAAGACGCUGCAGCAGGCCAACCAGGGCCUGAGGACCACUUGAAAACCACCACCACCGAAUGUAUCAAUGGGCAAGAGUCAGAAAUCGCUCCUUCCAGUGCAACAAUCCUCCCAGCUGCCAAUGAUGUAGCUUUGUCCACUCCAAAAAGUGAGCAAGACUUGACUGUGAAGAGUGACCCUAGUGGCAAACGGACUGCUGAAGCUUCUAGUGGGAAAACGGGAGAUGGAAAUGGCAUGACCAAAUCAUUACAAGAGGAAGGAGACCUAUUUCUGGUCACCGUUUCUUCUGAAGGAAAUGUGUGUGAAAUAGGCAAUGAAGAGUCUCCACCGCAUGCUUUGGGAGGAUUGGAACUGAAAACCAACUUGAAAACUGAGACACUUGAGCCUUCAGAGGAGGAGAAAACUGAAAUUCUAGCACCACCAGAAAGUGCCUGUGUGGAAAAACAGAGUGGAGUCGUUGGACCACCGAGGGAGUCUUCUCUGGUGACUGAAUCACUAAAUGUCGAAAAUUCAGACUCAAGAACAAAUGAAGAAAUUCUUAGCAAACCUUAUGACAAAGAAGAGAUUUCGAACGGCAAAAAAGGCAACACAGAAGCUGUAAGAGGUCACAGUGUUGAAGCAAAUCUUAAAGAGGUUGAAAUUUCAAUCCAAGAGGAAGAAAGGCAUGUGGCUAAAAGAAAAAGAAAGAAGCAUUAUCCUUCUUCAGACGAUGAGCUGGAUGAUAAUCCCGGUGUCCUGCAUUCCAGAAUAGAAGCUGCACAGAGGCAGUGCGUGGAAACUGAGCCACAGGAUGCAAAGGAAGAGAGCUCUGGUGAUUUGGAAGAACUGUCUACAGCAAGUUGUAAGACAAACAGCAGUAUUUCAAAGGCCAUGGAAGAAAAAGAUGAAUACAGCAGCAGUGAAGCUACUGGUGAAAAGACAGAGCAAAAUGAAGAUGACAACAUAAAAUCUCAGGAGGAAGAUCAGCCUGUAAUUAUUAAAAGGAAAAGAGGAAGACCUCGUAAACACCCUAUAGAAACUGUGUUAAAAACAAAAGAGGACUCCAAAACAGACACUGGCAUUGUCACUGUAGAACAACCUCCACCUAGCAGUAAAGUGAAAAUAAUGCAAACAGAUGAGUCCAAUAAAGAAACAGCUAACCUACAGGAAAGAAGCAUAAGUAAUGAUGAUGGUGAAGAAAAAGCAGUAGCAAGUGUGCGUCGAAGGGGAAGAAAGCCCAAGCGUUCUCUCACUCUCUCAGAUGAUGCUGAAUCCUCAGAGCCAGAAAGAAAACGCCAGAAGUCAGUUUCUGAUGCAGCCGAGGACAAGAAAGACCAGGAGUCUGAUGAGGAAGAGGAAGAGGAGGAGGAAGAUGAACCCUCAGGAGCCACCACAAGAUCCACCACCAGGUCAGAGGCUCAGAGAAAGCAUCAUAGCGAGCCAUCUGCACGUGCAACAUCCAAACUUGGCAGCCCAGAAACAGUUUCUCCCAGAAAUCGCCAAAAAUUAGCAAAAGAGAAGUUAUCCACCAGCGAAAAAGUUAGUAAAUCUCCCCCAUUAGGAAGAUCAAAGACACAGCUGUCCCCUUCUACCAAGCGCAAGAGAGAAGCCAGCCCCCCAGGGGCGCGGACACGAGGGCAGCAGAGAGUGGAGGAAGCCCCUGUGAAAAAGGCGAAGCGGUAAUGCUGACAGCUACCAACCCCGGCUUGUCGAGGAACACAGUGGAGAGGAAGGGGGAGCCCUGGGGGCCAGAAGCUGUUUUGUUUUUAAACUGAGAAAAGGAUAUGCAUGUGCUGUAAUUUCCUAGGUGCAAGCUUUUUCUUGUUAUGUUUUAAAUAGCUUUAUAAACUAUUGUUCAUAGAAGAUUUAAUGUACAUUUCUCUCAGAUAAAGGAAAAUAAGUUUACUUUGUAUCUCAACUCCAAACAAAGUAGUUGUAUAUUUUAACAUUUCAAACUCGGGAUUCCCCAGUGUGACACAUCUCUAAGGCAAACCCUUGCAGCCCAUCAGGCACCAGCUGUCCCUAGUCAUCUGUGUACAGUAUAUAAACAUGUAAAAAUAGGUUGUAUUUUACUCUAUGUAUGAUGCUAAUCAACGAACACUUUAUUUAUUUUACAGAGAAAACUUAUCUGUGAACUUUACUAUAUAUAUGUUUAUUUUAUUUUAUUAUUAUUAUUUUUUUUUUUUUUUUUUAAAUAAGAAA